AUGUCCACCACGACAGAUCUCACUCCCCCACGCUAUCAUUAUGACCCUUCUCUGGUCGCUGCCGCUACCUUUGCAGGCCUUUUCGGCGUUUCCGGCUUCAUCCACUUGUACCAGCUAGCCAAGGGCCGGACUUGGUAUUUUAUUCCCUUUGUCAUCGGCGUAUUCUUCGAAGUUUUUGGGUACAUUGCUCGAUCCAUCAAUGCACACCAAACCCCAGACUGGCAAAAGGGUCCAUUUAUCGCCCAAACUCUCCUCCUGCUCUUAGCACCCGCCCUGUUCGCUGCCUCUAUUUAUAUGAUACUGGGCCGAAUUAUUCGGAUUUUGGAGGCUGAGAAGCUCUCCAUCGUUCGAGUCAACUGGUUGACCAAGAUCUUUGUCCUUGGCGACGUCCUCUCGUUUGUGGUCCAGACCAUCGGCGGUGUGAUACUUUCAAAUUCAGAUAGCAAGAACGGUAUAGAUGAAGGUCAGGACAUUGUUCUUGGCGGCUUGGCGAUCCAAAUCGCCUUCUUUGGAGUUUUCAUCUCAGUCAUCUCCGUCUUCCACUACCGCAUCGUACGAAAUCCAACUUCCGCGAGCAUUCAAACGACACUCUCUUGGAAGCGAUAUAUUUUCGUCCUAUACGGUGCUUCUCUAUUGAUCAUGGUUCGAUCGAUCUUCAGAGUUGCACAAUUCUCCGCAGGGCCACACAGCGUGCUACAGACCAAAGAGGUGUAUCUCUACUGCCUGGAUUCAGCCCUCAUGUUGAUGUGCGCGCUGUUGUUCAAUAUUCAACACCCAAGUGCUGUGGUUCAGAGAAGUCAUUACAAGCCUUCUGCUGCCCACGUCGAGGUGUCAUCGGUCUAA